UUGAAAUGCUCCCGCACUGAGCCAUGCCAGAAUUGCGCCACCGCAAAGCAGACAUGCGAAUACCGCGAGGUCGACCGCAAAAGACGGCCCGCUACGCAUGAGUACGUUGUUAGUUUGGAAAAUCGAGUCGCUUCACUGGAAUCGUUCAUCCGCAGUCUACAGACAGCGCCGCACAAGGAGCGAGACGAGAUGUUGCGGACAGUCUCCUUCGGGGAUCACCUCCAGGCUGGCGGCUCUCGUACAGUUGAAAGCACACAGACAACUCAGCGCAAAUCAGAAGAUGAAGGUCGGCGCAGCACCGCACACCUCCAGGUCGACCUCGAGGGCUCGCUGAUCUACCACGGGGCGACAAGCAUCUAUCGAGCCAACGCUUAUCGCCCAACGACCAGGAAUACGCUCGGCGCUUUGUCAUUACAAUCAUCACCAAAUCUUGCAUCCGAGUCGACUUUCGAACAUGUCGCAGAGCAUUUCGGUAUCAAUCUUCAAGAUGAAUUGGUUUCGGACGCGUUACUACAGUUCUUCAAGUGGCAGUACCCUCAUUUCAUGUUCAUCUACCGUGAGGCAUUCCUCAGGGACCAUUUCGGCGAGAGAUCCAACUGCAAAUACUGGUCAUCGGCAUUACUUCUAUCUAUAUGUGCACUGGGAACGCUGAUGUCACCAGAUAAACGACACCGGCAAGCAAGCGAGCAGUUCUUUUCCGCGGCAGAGAGCAUUCUCAUCGUAUCUGGCUUCACCAAGCCGUCAAUUGUCACAGUUCAAGGCUUCCUGUGCCUAGCGUUCUAUGAAAUCGGAAGAGGGAAUCUCUCCAAGGGGUGGGGGUUCUCAGGGAAGAAAGAUCUCGGCUUCCAGAGAGACCCAAAGCACUGGAUCUCUCAUGAUUCUUCACUGGUUACGGAGGAAGACAUGGAGAUUCGCAGGCGCAUAUUCUGGGGGUGCUACACAUCCGACAAACUCAUCAGCUUGAUUCUCGGGAGGCCGGUGUACCUCUUCUACGACGAUGCCGAGGUCGAGACGACCGAGAGACUUCCGGACUUUCCAGAAAUGGCACCGUGGCUUCCCGCCGGCGUUGCCGCCUACGACGGCCGGUUCGCGGAUAUCAAUCCACUUCCGCUUGUGCCCUGUUUCAAGGAACAAAUCCGCCUCUCCAAAAUCAUUGAGAAAAUGCUGUCGAAGCUGUUCUCGACUAAGUCAAAUUUAGAGGGCCUUGGGAGGCAGGCAUGUCUUGACAGUCUGAACUUUGAGCUAUGCAGCUGGUAUGAAGCCUUGCCAGAGUGCGCGAAAUGGAACAAGUGGGAACCUCCAAGCACUCCUUUGAUUCCCAGUGUGGCCGCGCUCCAUUUGCUGUUCCAAAGCGUACGGAUUGCUCUCAACUUUGAUCACGCGGCGUCGGGUCACAGCGGAGCCAUGAUCGACAACGCACGCAAAGACUGCGUCUCUUCCGCGCAGGAUAUUACGCAUAUUUCGCGAAAGUAUCGGAGCCAAUAUGGACUUCUACACAGCCCGCUGAUCAUGAUUUAUGCAAUCAUGCAAGCGGCUAGAAGUUUGGCAUUGUUUGGGACGGCUGAGGAGGCACAGUACCUAGUUCAUUCCUUGGAUGAAUGCUGUGCUGCUUGGGACUUGGCCCAGCAAGCGAGGAACAGAUUGGCACAAAUAUGA